UCAUCUUCCUCGUGUUCUUCCUUUCUUUCUCCUAACAACACAAUUCCUAGACCUCAAAUAAAAUCUGUUACACCACCACACACAAAAAAGCGUCACUAACCAAAUAAUCGAAAAAAAAUGGAGAAAAUUUCGCACAGAAAAAUCCCAGUUAAUGGCAUAAACAUGCACAUAGCAGAAAUCGGGGACCCCACAAAAGGAACGAUCCUAUUCCUGCACGGAUUCCCAGAACUCUGGUAUUCAUGGCGCCACCAACUUCUCUCCGCGGCCGCCGCGGGGUACCACGCCGUUGCACCUGACCUCCGUGGAUACGGAGACACCGAUGCACCGCCGUGUUCCGCCAGUUACACCUCCUUCCAUGUCGUCGGAGAUCUUAUCUCUCUCCUUGAUUUUCUCAAAGUAGAGCAAGUGUUUUUGGUGGGACAUGAUUGGGGUGCUAUUAUUGCUUGGCAUUUUUCACUAUUUCGGCCUGAUCGAAUCAAGGCGUUGAUCAAUUUGAGCGUUCCGUUUAUGCCGCGGAACCCGAAUCGGAGACCGAUUGAUGGUUUGCGCCUUGCUCUUGGGGAUGAUUUUUAUAUGUGUAGAUUUCAGGAACCUGGAGAGAUGGAGGAAGAAUUUAAUAGUAUUGACACGGCUAGAUUAAUGACGCAAUUCCUGCUUUCCCGUGAUCCAAAGCCUCCUAUUAUACCUAAAGGAAAAUUAGCAGCAAGUGCAGAAAAAGCUAUUGAUUUACCUCCAUGGCUUUCAGAGGAUGACAUCAACUAUUUUGCUAAAAAGUUCAAACAGACAGGCUUUACCGGUGGUCUGAACUACUAUCGAGCCAUGAAUCUGACAUGGGAGCUGAUGGCACCAUGGACAGGGAUGCAAGUUAAAGUACCAGCAAAGUUCAUAUUGGGGGAACUGGAUGUAACUUACAGUUUUCCGUUUACAAAGGAUUACAUACAUAAAGGUGGGUUCAAAAGAGAUGUACCAUUAUUGGCUGAUGUUGUUGUAAUGGAAGGAGCUGCUCACUUCAUAAACCAAGAAAAGCCAGAAGAAAUAAGCAAACAUAUCCUGGAAUUCUUUGAAAAAUUCUAAUCCUCUCGAGAUGCACUUCCCUUGCAUAUUGCAUUUCAACAUUCGUACGUACAGGGACGACAGAACACACUCUCUGGUCAAUUGUAACGUAUGGUGUUGAUAUGGUGUAUCGUAUAUUUAUUACAUACUUACAUAGUUACAUGUACAAUGUUCUCCAUUAUUCAGGAUCUCCUCUUUCACAGAUACCUCUUUCCCUGCCCUCAUAUCUGUCAUCUCUUGCAUUAUUUGCAAUCAAGUUUUGCUGAAUGGCUUUGUUUGUAAUGCAAUCUUUUUCAUUUAACUA